AUGUCAGCCACCGCCGUGCCUGAGAAGACUCCCGAUGACUCCUCCAAGCUGAAGACUUUCCUCUCGAUCCUGCGAAAGUUCGUGGGUGUGACAGAUAUCGCAUCGGUUCGCUUCUCGUUGCCGGCUCAACUGUUGGAACCUCGCCCGAAUCUGGAAUACUGGAACUACUUGGAUCGACCCGAGACCUUUGCCAGCAUUGGUAAAUCCGACGAUGAACUGGGACGGAUGCUGGAGGUGUUGAGGUUCUGGUUCACCAAGGACCUGAAAUACAUCAAGGGAAAACCAUGCAAGCCUUAUAAUUCGACUUUGGGCGAGUUCUUCCGGUGCAGCUGGGAGGUGCAAGACUUCGUCCCCGAAGAGGCCAAUCUCCCCGGAGUCGACGCCGUUGCCAACGGUACUACCGUCCACGAUGGCGAUGAGAAAGUCAAGGUCUGCUAUCUCACCGAGCAGACCUCCCACCACCCGCCAGUCUCGGCCUUUUACAUUGACUGCCCGGAGCGUGGAGUGUCUGCGCGCGGGUUCGACCAGAUCAGCGCCAAAUUCACCGGUACAAGCAUUCGUGUUAGCCCCGGUCAGCACAACCUGGGUAUCUUUGUCAACAUCGAGAAACGGGACAACGAGGAGUAUCAGUUGACCCACCCCCACGCUCAUCUUGGAGGACUGCUGCGCGGUGCUCUGGCCAUUACCGUUUCAGACGCCUGCUUCAUGACAUGCCCCAAGACCCGUAUCAAGGCGAUUUUGCAGUAUGUGGAGGAAGGAUGGAUCGGCCGGUCUCAACACAAGCUCGAAGGCGUGGUUUUCCGCUACGACCCCGACAACGACACCAUCACAAGGCUGAGAGAUGUAGCCGAAAGCGACGUUCUUGCCCGAAUCAGCGGGUCCUGGCACGGCAAGAUUUACUACACUCCUACGGGGUCCAAGGAGCCUCGUCUCCUCAUCGACAUCACGCCUCUGCACCCGGUAGACAAGAUUCUCCCUCCCGCCGAGCAGCAAUUGUCAAACGAGUCUCUCAAGUUCUGGGGACACGUCACGGACGCCAUCCUGGACAAGCAAUUCACGGAAGCCACGCGGGUCAAGCAGGAGAUCGAGGAGCGCCAGCGCCAGAAAGCCGCCGAUCGCAAAGAGAAAGACGAGGAAUGGAAGCCUCGCUUCUUCACCGGCGCCGUGACGCCUCUAGGCAAGCCCGAGCUAACCGAGGAAGGCCAGAAGGCUCUGGAAGGCGUGCGGAGUGGUAAUUACGUGCUGGAGGAGAGUACAGUGCAGGGUGCAUAG